CCCGCUGAGGCUACAGGUAUAGAGAUUUACCAGUAAGAAGGAGAGCCACAUGGUUGUAUUUUUUUUUUUUACAUCUAGCGAUACAUAUUUGCUGUAUGGGAGCUGGAGUGGCAAGCGCAGGUGAUGUAAAACUGCGUUAUUGUCUCUCAUUACUAUGGUAAAUUCAGACUUUGUUCGGACGACAGGAGAUAAAUGAGGACAUAAAGUGCUCGCGUUGGUGUUGAACGCACACCAAACAUCCGGACUACCAGUUUAUUCAGCUCGCUAUCGCUUUUCAGCCUUCAGCUAUUUUAAUGCAGCAUUUAUAGUUUGUAUUAUUUAUUUCGUUUCGGAAUAUGGGUGGAAGUCAUUUUCAGGAACUUUUAAACUUUUAUGGAGAAAAUGGCUCUCUUUCGACGACAAAUCUGGAGAAUUUUCUGUACCUCAUGACCUCCCGCUUAUCUUCAGCAGCAUCAGUAGACACCGGGGAGACUCCAGUGAACAACAGUGAGUGUUUGUCAGUGUUGGCUCUUCUGGAUGAAUUUGGGCUCUCUAAUGUAUCUGAAGUAACUGUGCAUCAGUUAGAACUCAUGUGCCCAGCUCUUCUUACUCAGGUCAUCAUGCCCCCCUGUCCCUACAUGACCCCUGAGACCCAAACCAUGAAUGCCCAAGUUUGGGGUUAUGGCUUUCUGGCUGUGACAAUAAUUAAUUUGGCCUCUCUGUUGGGGUUACUCCUAAUUCCCUUAACUAAGAAAUCCUACUUUCCAAAACUACUAACCUAUUUUAUUGGGUUGGCCAUAGGAACACUAUUCUCCAAUGCAGUUCUACAACUUAUUCCUGAGGCGCUUGGAUUUAACCCGAAAACUGACAACUAUGUGUCAAAGGCAGUUGGGAUUUUUGGAGGAUUCUACCUUCUAUUCUUUACUGAACGGGUCCUAAAAAUAGCACUCAAAGCAGAUUCCGAGAAUUGCCACAGUCACUUUCCUUCACUGCAAACCAGUGAUGUCACCAUCACCAGCUUCAGCAAUGACCAUGUCAUCAACAAUGACAAAAGUGAAAUCAUUACAAACAGUAACCAUGGUGAAACCAUACCAAGUGAUUCCAGUGAGGAGCCAAAGUCGCCAACCAGUGGUCCAGUCAAUGAACAGGAGACAUGCAUGCUGUUAGCAUGUCGCUGGCUGCGAGGAGAACGUGGGUCAGAUAUAAAAACAUUGGCUUGGAUGAUCACCCUGAGUGAUGCACUGCAUAACUUCAUAGAUGGACUGGCUAUCGGAGUCUCCUUCACAGUCUCUCUCCUCACUGGCUUUAGCACCUCCAUAGCCAUUGUUUGUGAGGAGUUUCCUCAUGAACUAGGUGACUUUGUAAUCCUGUUGAGCUCUGGCAUGAGUGUGCGUCAAGCAGUGUUCUUUAACUUGCUCUCGGCUAUGAGUUGUUAUCUGGGUUUGGUGUUGGGCAUUGUGUUGGGUAGCAACUUUGCUCCGAAUGCCAUUUUUGCUAUCGCUGGUGGAAUGUUUCUCUACAUUGCUCUUGCAGACAUGUUUCCAGAAAUAAAUGAAAUAAUGUCUGCACAUGCCAAAGGCUCUAGAGAGAAAGUCAUAUUCUUCCUGCUCCAAAACGGUGGCCUGCUAUCUGGCUUUUCCAUCAUCCUCCUCAUCACCAUAUUUGCUGGGGACAUCAGUUUUGGAUAGAGCGGAGGGACAACAGAGAAGAGAGAACAAUCAUGGGUUUAUUUUGACUGGCCAGAUAUACAAGCCUAACCCUAGUGCUGAAAUUGUGUAAAAAACUAUUAUGACCUACUUUUAAAGUUUCUGACUAUAAAACUAAUGUUUGUUCUUAUACAGCAUUACUUUUUUAGUGAUUUGUAUUUAGUCAGGUAAUUGCAACACUAAGGAUCUGUAGUUUUUACUUAACAAUGAACCAGUAAGAAAAAUCCAGUGGAACAGUUAACCACUUUUGUUGGUUUAAGCAAAACCUCCAUGGGAAUGAUUAACUUUAGUUCUUUUCAUACUGCCAAGAGACCAACAGUUUAAUACCAGAAUGGGGGAAAAGAUCAUGUUAAGGUUUAGUUGACUCCUUUUCCAGCUGUUUUAUAAAAUCAUGGAACUUUAAAAGAUCUAUUUUUGUUGUACUGUGGUAAAAGGACUUUUUUAUUUUUACUUUCACUAUAUGUUUCCUAAACUGUAAAAAAUAAUAAUAAGCUUACUGUUUUUAGAUAGAUAGAUAGAUAGAUAGUUUAACCACACUAACAUGAAUGUGUAAUAAACACUGUUCGGAUUUAUUAGCAGCUGAACUUGUGACAAUAAAAUUUAUUAUGUGUGUCAGAA